CAACGAUCAUCAUCACUCCUCAAAUGACAACCAAAACACUGAAUACCAAUUAUUCACACCACGAAAUGCAUCUUUUCAUGCUUGUGCAGCUCAGGUAGAGCUUAGGUUGUCUUGAGCCACAACUACAUGGUUUCCUCCAUCACUUAACGCUGGCCAAUCCCAAUCCCGACGGAUCUAACUAAAGCACCCCUCCCACUACCUCUCUCCACCUCUACCUCAUACAUAUCCACACUACCAUACCCUACCACCAUACCACCAUCACCACCACCACUACUAUUCUCAAGUUGAUAGCCAUCAGCACCACAAUACACCAUACGACUUGACCCUGCACAGUGCAAGUCCAACUCUCACCAAGACACCCAAUUCAGCUCUAUUGUUGGUGCACGCUGGACCAUCCACGUCCUUACAACCACAUCUGCCUGAGUCCUGAUUCGCAGCAGAAAGCAGGCCAUCAUAGAAGAGGACAUGACCAACUCAUACCCAUCGGGUUCACCGGGGGUUCCAGAGUAUUCAAGCAUGCCAACCGGGGCUUCGGGGGGCUUUGUGGCAAGAAGAUCCUCGUACGCUUCUGUCGUUUCUGGCACCGCAGCAGCCAUCCCACAACCAUAUCAGCAACCCACGCGGUCUGGCGAUUUUGUCAACCUCUUGAAUCAGGCCCCUGAUUUCGGCUACGACUCAGGCUACCAGAAUUCGGGCGGACAGAUGCGAUACGAUUCUCGGGCGUACGAUAUGGACUUUGGCGUGAAUGGAGGACAGGGAGGACAGCAUGGACGUCCAGCGUCGUGGGGCCGGAAUGGACAUCUGCCCAGCUCCUCAAGUGCAUAUGGCCCGAUCAUGAAUGGAAAUGAAUACGGGGCAUAUGGAACUACACACGGCGAUACCUUUUUCGUGCCCUCGUAUCUUCGAGGCUCGAAAUAUGUUCAAAAGCUAGAAGAGGGGCACAAGGCCAAAGUGUUGGCUCAUAGGGAUGGCCCCUCUAAUCAGUCUUCACAACCCGGGUCGCUCUCAACAAGCGCAAGUAGCACACAUAUACAUGCCAAAAAUCCACCUUCACAUCGAGGUAUGACUUAUGAUUUGAUCGAGAAAGUACCGCCUGUGAUAGACGAAUCUUUGUCUCUGUUGCCCUCGAAAUGGAACAGCCAGGAUAAACAUCCCUCUCUCGAGGUUAUGUCAGAUGGGCAAGAGGUCAAACUCACGGGGUCGAAGACGGAACGAGAAAGAGACCUCGAGGCUUUUGCUAUAAGGGCAGACCAUUCUAUGCCGUCUCAAUGUGGUAUUUACUACUAUGAGGUAACAAUUGUCUCACGAAAGCGAGAAGAGUGAGUCUCCAAGAUCAACAAGUCGGAUGUGUAACCUAAUACCAUUCUAGGAGUACAAUUGCUGUCGGAUUCUCCAGCAAAACUGUUACACUAAGCAGAAUACCCGGUUGGGAGGCUGACUCAUGGGCGUAUCAUGGUGAUGAUGGAAACUCAUAUGGUUGCCAAGCGAAUGGCAAACACUAUGGUCCACCAUUUACAGCUGGCGAUGUGAUAGGCUGCGGAGUGAAUUUCAGGACCGGUUCCGCUUUCUUUACAAAAAAUGGCGAUCAUUUGGGUUGGUGAAUCACGCUCAGUCGUUUGUGGAAGUUGCUGACCGAAUACUACUAGGUACUGCCUUCCGCGAGGUCGAUAAAGAUAAAGAUGGCAAGGAACGAAAGCUCUUUCCAACUGUGGGAAUGAAAAAGUCCGGCGAACAUAUCCGAGUAAAUUUUGGGCAAAGUCCGUUUGUCUUUGACAUAGAUGGCAUGAUGUCGGUCAGUCGUGAUUUUGUUUUUUCUGGUUAUCUGCCUCUUGGAACUACUCUUUCUUUACCUUGCCCCAACAAUACACCUGUAUAUGGGGAAGAGCCUACAGAUUUUGAAUUUCGGCUCUUGCGUCAGCUCAUUGCAUCAUGGGAUGGGCCUCUGGAAGUCUUGCGGGCAAUUAUUACGAAGCAGGGCGUACCAGUUUCACCUGCUCAGGCAAUAGCGUUGGCCAAGGAACACUUGUUCGCGCGAAGAAGGGUCGGGUGUCAUGUCUGGUGCCGCAUCAUGAUCAAUCUGCUAAUAUUUGUUUUAAUAGCUCGAGAAGACACAUAUACAACAUGAGAUUGAGAGAACCAGGUAGAAUCAAGGAGUUCACUUACGGAACAUCCAAAACUAAUCUAUCGCAGUACUGAAAGACUCGCUCCUCCACUGAACGAAACGGACUUGAUCCAGUCCCUGGUAGGUUUGGUUAGCAAUGAUCUCUUGGCUACUUGUACUAAUCAUUCAACCCCUCAGGUCCUUCAAUUCCUUACCCACGAUGGCUACAUAGAAACAGCAAGAGCAUUUGCAGAAGAGCUUCAUUCGGAAAAGCAAGCCUUGACUUUGGAUCCCAACGCUGUACUUCCAGGUGUCAAUGUUAAGGAGGAUGAAGAUGCGCGUCAUCGACAGCGUAUGAUUAUCAAUUCAUAUUACACCUGAAAACUGCUGACGGGCAUAGGGAUUCGGACCGCUGUUUUAGAUGGAGAUGUUGAAAGAGCCCUCAAGUACACCAAUGCGUUUUACCCUCGAGUCCUUAAGGACAACGAAAAUGUUUACUUUCGCUUGAGAUGUCGAAGAUUUAUCGAGAUGAUUCGACAAGGGGCUGAAUUACAGCACUCGAACAAAUCGCAUGUCUCGAAAAAGAGUAAUGGUCACAACGGGGAUUGGUACGACGAUAUAUUAAAUCAUGAUAUGGAUUUGGACGAGCAACACCCUGGCCCGAGCAAUAACUGGGAUCGGAUGGAGACCGAGGAGUCACCAAGAACCAAUAUUGACUAUGACAAAUUGGUGCAGGAAACACUUGAAUAUGGGCAAGGACUGCAAGCCGAAUUCAAGGACGACCCACGACGAGAAGUCAGCAAAGCGCUAGAAGAUGCGUUUGCCUUGAUGGCAUAUUCAGAUCCAUUGAAUGCAAAGGAGGUUGCUCAUCAACUGGAUCCCAAUGGAAGAGUAGCUGUUGCUGAGGAAUUAAACGCCGCCAUUUUAUGUAAGUUUUUAUUCUACACAAUCCUCGAGAGAAGCCUAACAUGAGCGUCCCUCAGUGUCACUCGGGAAAUCCUCUUCAUCGGCUCUGGAACAACUCUACCAGCAAACAAGUGUACUCCUGGAAGAACUGCGCGAAGGGGGUGGGCCAGGAGCUUUCGUAAAUAUUGAUGACUACGCCCGACCUAAUGAACAAUAUCAUCGCUAGUCCAUAUUCUUCAUUCUCACAGAAAAAGGUGGGGGGGGUCGCAGCGAUCCGAUUUUCUCUCUCAGUUCAUUUUCUCAGGCGUCCGUGUCAUCUGCAUUUCGGAUCUAUAGCAUCCCUCUGUUUGUUUUGUUCGGAGUGAUCGGGUGAAUUCGGUAUCGGUUGGGGCUUUCUAUGGUAGGGAGCGGGGGCACUUUUGAAGAAUUUAUGGGUGGAGCGAAUGAAUGAAUGAGUGCACAAUGCGAGCAAGAGAGACGAGUUACCUUUCUCUCUGUCUUAGAUUUGGCGACGCUGUGGUUUGUGAAUAGGAAUAUAAAUCGAUGAAUCCAUAUGUCUGCGGUCUGCUCGUUACACAGAGUUUGAGGAUUGUAUUGUGCUGUACAGGAGUGUGUUAAAUUGGGUUAAUUGAGUUGUAAUCGCUGGGGGGAAUCGGUUACCAUCAUGAGCUGAGAAACUUGUCUUAUCCCUUAUUCAAGGUACGAAGAUGUUAUGAAUAUAUCAUGCGAAUAAAACCC